AUGGAGGACAGAAUAUCCGAAUUGCCAAUACCUAUACUUCACCACAUUCUCUGUUUCCUCUCCCAGAAAGAAGCUGUCAAAACUUGUGUACUCUCCAAACAAUGGCGCCACAUAGGAUCAACCCGCCCAAACCUCGAAUUUUCCGAAGACUGGAACGACAACACACAAGAAAAGUUCCUCUGCCUCAUCAACCGAACCCUACAAGGAUACAGUGAUCACAACCUCUUCAUACACAAACUCCAUCUCGACUUUUGGAGGCCCAACUCACCACCGGUCGUCUCCCUUCUUGACAAAUGGAUCCCGAUGAUGGCCGCCCUCAACAUAAAAGCGUUCAAACUCAACUUUCUUAAAUAUACUCCAGAGUAUCACUACCUUCCCUCGGCAGUGUUCUUAGCCGAGUCCCUCGAAGAACUACACCUGCGCAAAUGCAGACUGAGCCCGGUCGAGAGCUUGCGGUUCAAAUGUUUGCGCACGCUCACCCUCGAAGAGGUCCAAGUUGAUAGUGGGACUUUCGGGAAGAUAACUUCGGGUUGCCCUUUGCUCAGGCGCCUGGUCCUUACUGAUUGUAGGGGGUUGAGAAACGUUAGGCUGUGCGAGACGGCAUCGCCUGGGCUCAAGCACGUUGCAUUGCGCGAUUUUGAGAGGAUUGAAGGGCGUAGCAUCGACAUUGAUGUGCCGAAUAUCGAGACGGUCUCCAUCUGGGGCCCAUGGAUUUGGUCUCACAGCCAGAGCGCAUUAUUGUUCUCUCGUAUCACAAGUUUGCAGCUCUAUAGUGUGAUCCUGUCAAGUGAGUCGUUUACGUUCAAUGCCGGUAUUCCCCAUGUGCCGGACAGAUUCUCUUUCACGACCACUACCUCCAAGGAGUGGUCCUCAGAAGUAUUCCUCUCUUCUUCACGUGAGGGUGGUCCCGAUUUGGACAUCAAUUCGUGGUUCCUUAAGCUAAGGCGAUUGCUGAAGGCACUAAGUGGGUCUCAAAUUUCUCUAAUUCUGUGGAUGAACAGCAACCCUCAGGACGUGCCAUGUAGUGCUGUUGUCGGUGACGAGCCACCUUUGGUGGUGCGGGACUUGAAUUUUGAUACUUGUAAAAGUCACACGGCGUCUUGGUACUUGUGGUUUACGAAUGGCUUGUUUCGUGUUUGUCGACCGACUCACAUAUGGGGUUGUAGGCUCGUGGCCGGGAACCACAGGCUCUCAGAGUUUCAGUUCAAUAUCUUGCUUGCUAACAAGAGCCUAGUGACCGAGACCUACUUUUGGCAGCACGAUUUGGAGCAAGUGCACGUCAAUGGGCAGCUCGUGCAGUACACAGACUUGGAGGAAUUGCGAAACAGGACAUAUGAUGGGAUAGUGUGCCUUGAGUUGAAAUGGAGAGGUCGGACAACAGCAUAA